CAGUUGCCUCUCUUACGAGCGAGGGAUAUUCUUCACAACACGAGAGUGCAACCUAUUUUUUACGAGUUGCUCAUUUUUUUAAUUUGUGACGAAAUGAUGAAUUAAUUUAAUUGACUAAUUAACCAAUUAGUACACACAAGUUCCGAUACAAUCGGGUAUUUCAUAUUAUAAAAAUGGUGUUUCUACAUUUCCCCUCUAAUCACACGGAUGAGGAGCUCAUGUUACAGGCGAAAUACUCUAAAUUAAGAAAAAAGAAAAAGGCCCUCGAACAGAUGAGAGUACCAAAAGUUGAACCAGAGAAAAUCAACCCUUUAAAACGUCCUCUCGAUCCCAAAGAUGCGAAAGAACUAGCCCGUAAAUUAAUAAUGUCGGGGAAAGUUGCCCUCCCACAAAAAAUUGGGGAUGAGAAGAAGACAGUGUUUAAACGGCCUCGUACUCUGGAACGUAAAAUACUUGCGACGGGACGAUCUGAAGGUCACGGGGGUUUCACGCCUGGAUACAACACCAAUUUUCAGACUGACUAUCAGUUUGAACCUUUUACCCCAGCCCCAGACACUAUGCUGACGCCACCGUUAUCGUUAUCACCAACUACCUCGUCACCUAAUUCACUCAGUCCGGGUACGCUAAGGUUCCCAUCUGCUCUACCUUUAUCGCCAAGUGGGAGUAGUUUAAGUUCCAAUUCCCCCUCGCCCACAAAAAGGAUCAAGUCAUCAGGAGGUAACAAGUCUAUGAAGGAGAUGGUAGACUCUUCGUCAUCGCCGUAUCAUAAUGGGGAUAGAAACACAUCCCAGUCUAAAAACAACCUCAACAAGCCAAAGCGUGGUCCCACCAUUUAUGUUCAAGCGCACAAUAUCACGGACGAACUCCUUAGAACUCAGUUUAUAAAGUUUGGCAAGAUCAUCAACGUAAAGUUGAACAAUCCUACUGUCGGGUUUGUAACGUUUGAUAAGGUGGAGUGUGCCGAGCUUGCUGUGCAGGAGAUGAAUGGUUCUUCCGUUGACGAUGUGUCCUAUGACGUCCAAUUUGCACGACGUCAACCCAACAUUAAUCAACUAAUUAAUGACGCACCUGCCUCCGCGACAUGGACGGCCAUUGCGACGAGUAACUCACAAAAGAGUAAUCACCAAGAUAGGAGACAACAAGUUGUGUACGAAGACACGAUGGAGUGCUAAAACUUACUACAUAUAUAAUUCAUUGACACAAUUAUAACUCGAACAUAUAACUUUCUUAUGUAAUAUUAAUCAUAUGUGACUGAUAUUAGGUUACUUAAUCAUAGACGACAUAACCAAUCCUAGUUGAACUACGUAUGUAUGUAUACAUAGGUGUAAUUAUUAUACUAAUAUAGCUAGCCGGCUAUUAAGCCAGUUAGAUGACUCAAAAAAGUUGAGAAAAAUGUAAUUAUAGAUUUGCCUUUAGGAAUUUAAAAAAUAUGUAAUUCAUCCUAUUCGAGGAAAGUCACUAUUGUCCUUGGUGUGGUUGUAUUUUAUACAUAUUUGUGAAAGUGAACAAGUUAGAUCUCUGCAUAGCUGAUACAUACAUUUAUUUGUACUACUGUGGGACACCAAUAUAAUACCUAUAAUUAACCUUAAGUAUUUAAAUCAAUGACGAUGUUUAACACGAUUCGUAUAAAUAUGCAUUUACAGAAACCGAAUUUUACGGUCGUGUUUACUGAAUUCUAUGAAAAACCUGAUUAAAAGAUAUUCAAUUCAUGUAAUUUAA